CAGGAAAUGGCUAUGACUUCUCUGCACUCCAAAAGCUGUAGUUGAAGAGCAUUUGUGGUUAUCAAGCAAUUUGAGAGUUUUACUUGUGUGCGAACAGUGUCAUGGCCCAGGCAAAAGAUCCAAACCUUGGGCAAUCAGCGGGCACUAACUCUGCCCUUCAAAGGCUGGACACGUUAGCCAGCCGAUUUUUUUACAAAUAUCGGAAAGGGAACCAGGAGAAAACACUUGAGAAUGAGGGGCCACAUGUGUCAGAGUAUACCGCCAAUUGGGAUGCAACAAUGAAAGAGUUUUUAGCAAAUGCCAAAGAAGAUUUCUUAAGAAAAUGGGAGUGUCAGCCACAGAGCACAUCAUGCCUGGAUGACUUUGACAGAAUGAAAACUCUUGGCACUGGCUCUUUUGGAAGAGUGAUACUGGUCAAACACAGAGAAACAGGACAAUACUACGCUAUGAAGAUCCUGGACAAACAAAAAGUGGUGAAGCUGAAACAGAUCGAACACACAUUAAAUGAGAAGCGCAUACUGCAAGCAGUGUCCUUUCCUUUCCUUGUGAAACUGGAGUAUGCUUUUAAGGAUAAUUCAAAUUUAUACAUGGUCAUGGAAUAUAUCCAAGGUGGAGAGAUGUUCUCACAUCUGAGGCGGAUCGGAAGAUUCAGUGAGCAGAAUGCACGGUUCUUUGCAGCUCAAAUUGUUCUGACGUUCGAGUACCUUCAUACUCUAGAGCUCAUCUACAGAGAUCUUAAACCUGAAAACCUGCUCAUUGAUCAACAGGGAUACAUCCAGGUGACAGACUUUGGUUUCGCUAAAAGAGUCAAAGGCAGAACUUGGACAUUGUGCGGUACACCAGAGUACCUGGCACCAGAGAUCAUCCUCAGUAAGGGCUAUAAUAAAGCUGUGGACUGGUGGGCUCUGGGUGUUCUGAUCUAUGAGAUGGCUGCUGGUUAUCCACCUUUCUUCGCUGAUCAGCCUAUUCAGAUCUAUGAGAAAAUUGUGUCUGGCAAGGUUCGAUUCCCCUCCCAUUUCAGCUCAGACCUGAAGGAUCUUCUGCGCAAUCUGCUGCAGGUGGAUCUCACAAAGCGCUUUGGCAACCUGAAAAACGGUGUCAGUGACAUAAAAAAUCACAGAUGGUUCAGUACAACAAACUGGAUGGCAAUCUAUGAGAAGAAGGUUGACGCCCCCAUUAUUCCAAAGUGCAGAGGGCCUGGAGACACAAGUAAUUUUGAUGACUAUGAUGAAGAAGACAUCCGGGUAUCUGUCACAGAGAAAUGUCCAAAAGAGUUCUUGGAGUUUUAGGGCACCUGUAGAGCUGUUUCUGGUAGAUUAUUUGGUUCUUUUGUUCAAAGAACAUAAUUUAUUGUAAAUACUUCCACUUUUGUAAUUCAAAGAGACUUUGGGAGAUUUGAAGAUUCAUUCAUAUGUGCCUUUAGCACUAAGCUGAAUACAGUUUGGUAUUAGGUGUUAAAAGAGAUAACCUGACCACGUGCUUAUUCUGUUUGUUAAUCAUUUAUGAUAAAAGGUGCUGUAAGCGAUUUGUUUUCAUGGAAAAAAUAUUUUCCUAAAGAUAUUAAUGAAAUAAGUGUCCUGAGAUAUCUCACCGUUCACAGCUGUAGACUUCUUAAAAGCAAACAGAAAUGUGUCUAGAUCGCAGAGAUUAAUAUUUUGCAAUCAUUUUGCUCAUUUUCAUAGUGGUUGUGUUUGAAGCAGAUCAUUGAGGCUAUGAUUCAUAAUGUUUGUCAGUUGAGGGCACUGUUGUGCCACACUUGAAUUUGACAGCCACAGGAACAAACAAUGCUGCUCUUUUUGGUCUCAAAAUCAUCUUUGGAGGGCUGGGUUUUGGAAUGGGGGGGCUGUGGCUAAUAAAACGGCUCAGACAAGUGAAUCAUAACACUUUAAAUUGAAGAUCUAUGUUUUCUUUUUGUUGAUUUACUUUGAAUAGUUUAUAUUAAUUAAUUUAUCAAAUAAAAUGCCUUUUAUGUCAGCACACUUUUUAAAAAUACAGGCUUCAGUUUUAAAACUAAACUUUAAAUUAAAGCAAUGUCUACAGUAUGUUCAGUGUUACUCAGUGCAAAGCUUGAUUCCCAACCACAGGUCAGGAAAUGUCAAUGUGUAUGAUACUAAAGGUGAAGACAGCGUGAUUAAAAAGAACGUGUCUAAUAUUUUAGCUUGUUUGUAUGUUUAUUUCCCUUAAAGGAAGUCAAAUGCAUCUUGAAUUGCACUGAAAUCAUGAAGAAAGUUACUUCUUGUUGUUUUCAUGAACCAAUUUUACUGUAAAAAAAAACCAUCGAAAUUAACUUGUUUUAUUCCAUUCACAAAAUGUUAAUCUGAAUAAAUAUAUCUGGCUAAUUAGAUAACACCAACAGAAGUAAUUUUGAUGGGUCAAAUCAUGUAGAAAUAGAUCCUUGAGCCAGUAUUUGCAGGUUACAACUUUUUUUCAGUGUAAUUACAUUUAUUUUAAAGGGAAAUGUGUGUAAUAUCUGUUAAUAUUAUAUUUUGGAAACUGAUUAUAUUGACACUGAAUUCAGUAAAAUUAUAUGUAUUGUAAUGUUUUGAUUGUGUCCAGUGCCCUUGUAUCCAAUGCCCUGUGUGCAAUUAAAUUAACUAUUUUGCUUCCGUUGCUUUUGCUACGUGAAUUUUUAGAACUGUUCAAAUUGCUUACAGCACUUUUAAAGGAAUAUUCCAGGAUCCAUACAAGUUAAGCUCAAUCAUCAGCAUUGUGUGGUAUAAUGCUGAUUACCACAAAAAAAAGUAUUUUGACUCAUCCGUCUUUUUCUUUAAAAUUUUUUUAAUAAAAAUCAAAGUGGAACUGAAUGGGGCCAAUUUUUGGAGGGUUUAAAGACAAAAAUAUGAAAAAAAUAAUUUUAUAAAAUCUCUUACUGUUCUUCUGUUAAAACUCGUGUAUUAUUUGAGCUGGAAAGUUGUUUAAAUUGUAAUUUAUAUGGUUGUUUCAUUGUUUGUUGACAUUACAUCAUCAUGGCAACGUCAUUGUAAAAUUGGAUAUAACUUUACACAGAAAAGGUUAGAAAGUGAUUUUAUCACACUUAAAUCAUGUUUGCACGAAUAUUGUUUAUGUCUUGUGGCUAUAUUUUGAAACAGUGAGUAUUUUCUAUUUUACGGAAUGGCUCCCAUUCACUUCCAUUGUAAAUGCCUCAUUGUAAACUAGAUUUUUAUUUUUUUAAAGAAAAGGAGAGGCAAGUCAAAAAUGUAUUUUUGUGGUAAUCAACAUUAUGCUACAAAUGCUGCCGACUGCACUUAAACUGAGUUGAAUACAGAAUAUUCCUUUAAGUACUUUUCAAGGUUACUAACGCUAGGCUAAGUUGUAAGAAUGUUAAGGCAUUUUUUGUCAGUGAUAGAAAUGCUGCUGCAAGAAAACAAUAUGUAAUGGGAUAAAAGGUA